AUGUUCUACUCGGAGACUCUCUUGUCCAAGACGGGCCCUCUUGCUCGUGUCUGGCUGGCUGCCAACAUCGAGCGCAAAUUGACCAAGAACAACAUCUUGCAAUCAGACAUUGGCAGCAGUGUCCACACCAUUAUCAAGAAUGACCAAGCUCCUAUUGCUUUGCGCCUCAGUGGUCAACUGUUACUCGGUGUCGUCCGUAUCUACAGCAGAAAGGCUCGUUACUUGCUGGACGACUGCAACGAGGCCUUGAUGAAGAUCAAGCUCGCCUUCCGUCCUGGAAAUGUCGACCUUCCUUCCAACCAAUCACACAUUGCGAACCCUGCCGCCCUCGUGCUUCCCGACACAAUCACCGAGCUGGAUCUGUUCGCCCCAAUGCCCGACCUCGACGAGCUGCUACUCGACAGCACCCCUGGACCUGGUCAGGACCCUACACUUCUGGACUGGGGCACUAGCCAGCUUCUACCCGAGAGUAUGAACACCGCCGACGCCACUCAGACUCUUCAGCUCGAGGAUGACGAUUUAGGUCUCGACAUUGGCGACAUUACCGAAGGUGCUGCCGGCGGAGAUACCAGUAUCGAAAUUGGUAGACGUGAGGAGGCCCCUCGCCCGGAAAUGAACGACCAGAGCAUGCUCUUUGCCGACGAUUUGGACCUCGAUAUCGGAGGCGCCGAAGAUACCAUCGAGAAGGAUGUUUCAAUGGCUCCUCUGCCCAUUGAUGACGACAUCGAGAUGGGUGGUCUUGAUCUCCAGAUCGAAGAGAGCAACCUCGACGCCUUGAAUCGUGCCGAUGUUCGUCGUGAGCGUGAUAGUGUCUCGCCACUUUCGUCCGUUCGCUCCAGCGUCGAGCGUGACCUUGAGCAGACUUUCCAGCUUGAGCAACAACCCACUGAGAUUGAACAAGACGAGACCAUGAUUCAAGCACAACAGCGUGCCAAGCGCCGCAAGGUCCUGCCCGCUGAUCUCAACACCGAAUUGCAAAACUCUCAAAUCCGCGCUCAACAGGAGGACCGCAGCAAGAUCCUUAAGGCUCCCACCUUCCUUCCCAGAGAUCCUGUUCUCCUCGCACUGAUGGAGAUGCAGAAGAACGGCGGCUUCGUAUCCAGCAUUUUGGGUGAUGGUCGCAGUAUGGGCUGGGCCCCCGAGUUGAGAGGUGUAUUGUCUCUCGAGGUUGUGCGCACAGCCGGCGAGCUCAAGCGCAAGAGAGACAGUGGACUCCCUCAAAUUGAGAUUCCAGAGGAGGAGGAAGAGACUCACGCUCUGCCUGAACUCGAAGAUAUUCAGGACCCAACAUUCGGUGCUGAUGAUCUUGCCCCCGCUUUUGGCGGCGAAGACAUUCCUUCUGUCAUUGAGCCUGUCCAGGAGGAGGAGAUGGAGUCUUACUCCCCAGCACCCGCUUUUGACGAAACUACUAUGCCUGUUCUGCACCCUGCCGACUCUGGCCCAGUCUCACUCGGCACCAAGCACGCCGUCCACCUUCUGCGCGAACGCUUUUCAGACGAAUCCGGUGAGAUGCCAUCAGACACCGAUCGUGCCCAACGCAGUGUCCUUUUCACCGACUUCUGCCCUGAAGAGCGCACCAGCAAGCAAGACGCCACCAAGAUGUUCUUCGAAGUCCUAGUCCUCGGUACAAAGGAUGCUGUCAAGGUGGAGCAAAGCUCAAACGAGUUGGGUGCUCCACUCCGUAUCCGCGGAAAGAGAGGUCUUUGGGGAGAUUGGGCCGAGAUGGGAGCUGGUGGCGAGAUUGCAAGCCAGCGUCCCGAGGUUGCUGUCACCAUUUAA